UAUAUAUUGGUGUUUGUUGAGGUUAGACAAUGAAGAUAUAAUGCAUUAGGAGAAAUAUGUCCUGUGAAUCUUGUAAAGAUCGACAGGAAAACGAAAUCGAGGUCUUGAAGAGUAUUUUUGGAGAUGAACUCCGUGAUUUACGGCGUGGAAAAAAUAAACGGAGAUGGCAGCCGUUAGAUAUCUCGGUAACUUUAAUACCCCAAAGAGGCAUGUCAGGUCCGGCUGAAGUAUACGCGCAAAUUGAUUUACACGUUGCUUGUAGCGAUAAGUAUCCUAAUGAAGUCCCAAAUAUAGAACUCAAGAACAGUAGAGGAUUAUCAAAUGAACAGGUUGCAGUAUUAUAUUCCGCAUUAGUGGAUCUCACCACACGAUUACGAGGAGAAGUAAUGAUCUUUGAAUUAGCCCAACAUGUACAGAAAUAUCUGCACGAAAACAACAAGCCACGUUAUAGCAGCUUUUAUGAAGAAAUGGUUUCAAGGCGUCAAGAAAAAAUUGAACUUGAAAUGGUGGAAAAACAGCUGAAAGAAGAUAAAGAGAGACAGGUAUUGCAGGAUGAAAUUCAAAAAAGACAAGAAGCUCUAAAAGCUGAAAUUCGUAACCGAAAAGAAUCUAUUCGCUUGUGUAAUAAUCGAUCAGACAAUCCAUCCCAAUCAAUACCGUCAUCUCCGCAAGAGAGAUCACGGACUUAUUCUCGAAGGAGAUGCGCUAGUAGUUCGGAAAGUUCUGAUGGUUUCUUAUGCGAGCAUAAGGGCACGAAAUUACUGCACUUCGAUCAUACUAAAGACGAACGUCAAGUGUAUAGAGGAAAAUGUAUGGGUCACAGUACUAAAGGGUCAGUUGUUUACGCGGGUGUGGAUAUGACAACUGGUGAAUUGUUCGCAAUUAGCGAAUGGACGUUCAAAAUAAAUAACACAAUCGAUGAAAACAAUGUGCAGCACAUUACCAAACAAAUAGGAAGCCUCGAGCAAGAAAUAAAUCAUUUGCAUAAAUUACACCAUCCGAACCUUGUGCAGUAUCUGAACAUGAAAUACCUGCAAGAUGGCGACGAUGCACUUGUUUAUAUCCUCCAAGAAUUUGUGAUAGGUACUAGCUGUUCGUUCUUCUUGUUGGAGAACAUCCCUGUGGAUAUUGACUUUCUUCGAUAUCUGGCGAAUGGAAUCUUGUCUGCUUUAAAAUACCUCCAUGACAAUAACGUUGUUCACAAAGACUUACGUGACACAAGUAUCUACAUUGAUCGCACAGGGACGGUUAAGCUGUCGGAUUAUUCACUUAAUAAACGAUUAUCUGAUAUUUAUCAGACAUGUACAAUAGUGAAACCUGAACAAGAUUUUCCCAGCGUCCAAGGAAGAGGUGGAAAGAAAGCAGAUAUUUAUCGCUUUGGUGUUCUUAUGUUUUCCUUAUUAAAUGGAGUUAUUGCUUCUGGAGAUAAAAUCGAUCCAACAGUUAUUAAUCAGCCGGAUUUCCAGGAUUUCUUACAAAAGUGCCUUAUCAACGAUGAACGAAAACGCUGGUCUGCCGAGCAAUUGUUAGAACACACUUUCAUAAAAGCACCCCUAGCCCGAGCAUUGUCACCUCCGAAAAUACCACGCAGAGACGAACAAGAGCGUCAAGAGCCUGAGGAAACCGACACAGAUAUUCGACAAUACGUACCCCCUUUAGGCGGUCACUCGAGGAUUACAAAUGAAUUUGAGGUGCUUGAAUGGCUUGGUAAGGGUGCGUUUGGCGAUGUGCUUAAAGUGAAAAAUAAAUUGGAUGGUGGUGUUUACGCUAUUAAAAGAAUCGAGCUUAAUCCAAAAAACAAACAGCUGAAUAAGAAGAUCACUAGAGAAGUCAAAUUAUUAUCACGCAUGAAUCAUGAAAACGUAGUGCGGUAUUAUAAUUCCUGGAUAGAGAGCGCUACCAUAAUCGACGAAACGGAAGAAGAGCGUGAAACACCUCUGGAAAAAAAGAACAGAGACUUGUUUAGUCACUUGGGUACAGACGAUAUCGAAAAAUUGGCACCACCAUUGCACGACGUUGAGUGGAAUGUUUCAUACAAAUCCCGUACGAAUACCACACUCCCACCGGAUAGCGAUGAAGACAACAGUGAUGCAUCCAGUGAUACGGACAGCGAUGAAGAUUGUGCGUUCUUAAUGCGGAAUCUGUUAAGAAUAGACACUUCCGAUAGUAUAGAAUUCGAAAAGGAUUCUAACUAUCAAGAAUCUGCAUCGAGCAUAAAAGAAGAAGAAAAUGAAGAUACAAAUCAAUCGAAGGAAACAACGAGAGAAAUACAAUUCAUGUACAUUCAAAUGGAGUUCUGUGAAAAGAGCACUCUUCGAACAGCCAUCGAUGGAGGUCUUUAUGAAGACCAAGAAAGAGUAUGGAGAUUAUUCCGUGAAAUCGUUGAAGGUUUAGCGCAUAUUCAUCAACAGGGCAUGAUACACAGGGACCUUAAGCCAGUAAAUAUAUUUUUGGAUAGCAACGAUCACGUAAAAAUUGGAGACUUUGGUCUAGCUACUACAAACAUACUUUCAUCGUUUGCACACACUAUGGAGAUUGACAAAGAAUCACAAACUAUGGAGAAAGGAAUCAGUUUUGGCACCGAAGAUGUGGGUUCUCUAACAGGACAAGUAGGCACUGCGUUAUAUGUAGCGCCGGAGCUUACAACGAAAGCAGCAAAAGCUAUUUACAACCAAAAGGUUGAUAUUUACAGUCUUGGAGUCAUAUUGUUUGAAAUGUGUUAUAAACCACUAACAACAGGAAUGGAACGAAUUAAAAUUUUACUAAAUCUACGAUCAAAAGACAUCAUACUUCCACCAGAAAUGCAACAGGCAGAUAUGAAACUACAAACGCAUAUCUUACGGUGGUUAUUAAACCACGACCCUAGUCAACGACCCACAGCUCAAGAACUUCUCUCUUCAGAAUAUUUACCUCCUGCACGACUCGAAGAAACAGAAUUACAGGAAAUGAUCCGACGCACCCUGUCUAAUAACCAGAGCAAAGCAUAUAAAUAUUUAAUUUCUUGUUGCUUUAUGCAAGAAGUCACGCCGGCUGACGAUAUUACAUAUGAUAUGAAUUUACCUAGUAGGGGCCGUAUAAACUUUUUAUCUUGGAAAAAAUACCAAGAAAGUGUAAAGUGCAAAGUAAUUGAAAUUUUUCAAAGACACGGAGGCGUUAAUUUAGAAACGCCGCUUUUGAUGCCAAAGUCGCGUCAGUUUUGUAGUUUUUCAGAUUCCAGUGUAAAAUUAAUGACUCGUAAUGGAAACAUUGUGUAUAUCCCCCAUGAUUUACGUGCUCCUUUUGCAAGGUAUAUAGUAUGGAAUAAUGUUCUGCAUAUCAGAAGAUAUGCUAUCGAAAGAGUCUUCAGAGAAAAAAAGGUUGGAGGUUUCCAUCCCCGAGAACUUUAUGAAUGUGCAUUUGACAUAAUUAGUCCUACCUCCAAUAAUUUACUAAUGGAAGCUGAAUUAAUAUAUAUUGUUUGGGAGGUAAUCAACGAAUUACCACAGUUACAAGAACGGAAUUUCACCAUUCGCUUGAAUCACACUUCUUUGCUAAAAGCUGUGUUAAUGUACUGUGGAAUUGAUCAAGAAAAGUAUCAAGAUAUUUAUUCAAUCCUUCGAGACGCACGUGAUGGAAAAUUUUCAAGAUUUCAAAUCCAAACACAUUUAAUAAGUCUUUGUUUGACUGAUCAGGCCAUGGGAACAUUAUUCAAUUUAUUUGAGACUGAAAGUUCUAUUACUAAGAUUCAUAGUGUAUUAAAAACUAUAACGAAAAGAAAAGGAGAUGCUGCUACACUGGCUAAAGAAGGGCUAAAAGAAAUGGAAACUGUAAUGGAGAAUAUUGAAGCGUUAGGUGUGAAGUGGGCAGUAGUAGUGGUACCCCUUCUGGUACAUAAUAUAAAUCAACACAGUGGCGCAAUUUAUCAAAUAACUUGUGAAGUUAAACGCCGUAGAAGAAAAUGCGGAGAAGAAGUAAUAGCUGCGGGUGGUCGUUACGACAGAAUGCUAGCGUCUUUUAGGAAAAUUCUCGAACGUACAGGAAUGGCCAGCACAGAAACUAAACAAUACGGAGCUGGAAUUAGUAUCUCCUUAGAGAAACUUGUUUCUGCUGUCUUGGAAACAUCAGAAUCCUCGGAAAUUAAAUACGGAAUUGAUGUUGCCAUUUCUUGUUUGAGCAAUCCUAGUCGAGAAAAAGAAAUGAUAGAUGUUUUGAAAGAAUUUUGGAGUUUUGGACUAAAAGUUACAGUUUUGGAUUUGUCAUUCGUCGAGGAAAUUCUCGAACAUUGCACAGACCGUUCGAUCAAUUAUGUUGUUAUUUUAAAACCUGGCGAAAAAGGAAGUGUGAGAAUUCACAGUUGGGAACGGGAUAGAUUUCAAGAAAAGAAAAUAGCCAAUCAAGAAGUUGGAGAGUUUCUCCAAAGACUAGACACAUCUAUACCCAUCCUGAAUAGAUCGGAAAGUAAAACAGCGGCAAAUGAAAAUUUCUUAAGUAAUAAUAAUCCAGUCAACAUUAAUAUUAAUUUUAUUUUAUCUGAAAGAGAUAAACUUUCUGGUAGUUCCAGAAGAAGUUUGAAGAAUUCUAUUUUUGCACAGAUGUCUACAUAUUUUCAGAGAAUUGCACACAAAAUUCCAAUAGAAAUUUUUGCAGUGUUCUUAGAAAUGAGUGUAAUAAGAACCAUUAUAAGUUUUUUAGAAAUCGAUGAAGAAGAUCAGGAUUUUAUUAAAAGCAUACAGAUCAUUAUUGAUAAACACGCGAGGCAUAAAAAGUACAUAAAACAAAUAUGCGAAGAAAUACGAGAAGCGAGAAAAGAAAAAUUACGACCUGUACUGAUACUAUAUAGUUUGAAUGAUAGUCAAUAUAUGACUCUUUUAUAA